AGAUGUGGUCGAAAAGGGAUUGCAUGACGAAGCCGCAAAGAUACUACGAUCGAAGCGAGACCCUCUUCGACGCUUGAAACGCUUAGUGGUCGUUCUGCACAAGUACGAGGUGCCAAACUACGCAUAUCUGACCAACGAGACAUCGGAUGUUAUUCAGGCUGUUCAGUAUUACAAUGCCAGAAUUCGAGCGCAGUACAAGGCCUACGGGGAGCUGGUACCAAAUCCCGCCAUCGUUGUCUUCCCCCCUCAGGUGCUGCAUCUCCUCACGCCAGCGAUUCAUCACACGCUAGUAUGCAUAUCCCUCAAUCACUUUGUCCAUACGCAGCCAUCUGGCGCCGAUCGCGCAAUCACAAGUAUGAACCGAUCAAAGAUAUAUCAUCACCGAGGCGCUGCCUUGCGAUCACUGAGCGAGUACAUUGCACAGGACAAGACUAGGUGUUCGGACCUGACCAUCACCAGCAUCCUGAUGUUCAUGUGUCUGGAGCUCCAAAACCCUAGCUUCACGGACUGGCGUUCACAUGUCAACGGCAUGAAGCGGCUGAUUGACCUGCGGGGCGGACCUAAGCAGCUCAUGAAAGAUGCCCCUCAUCUAGUGCCAUCACUAGUGAUAUACCUACUCAUCAUUUCGCUCGCCAACACAUGCAGCCCAUCGUGGGACCAAGUCGACAUUACAGGCGCAAACGGGACGAUCAUCGAGGACUUGAGUAGCGUCUACGAUCUCAUCUUCCCAUAUACGCUAUGUCCCCGGGAGCUCUACAUAGAGAUACUCCAGAUUGGCCAGUUGCGUAGCAAGGCAUCUGCGGCCAUGUUGUUAUACGAUGCUGAUCCAGCGCAUUCUCUGGAGGCGCACGACCUGAUUGCUCGUAUUGAUGCAUUCUCUCCCGAGGACUGGGCGCAAGCCGGACCCCUCUACUCGGAAUGGCUGCUGAUGGGACAGAUUUACCAAGCUGCUGUAUCACUCUACUGCAGCAUGUCUCUGCAAUCGCUAACCGUGCUGCCGCCGAGCGUGUCGCUGCAGAAAGCGCAAGAAGAGAAGGGAAAUGUGCUUCUGAGCAGUGUGCGCAUUGCGCUCCAGGAUCCCAGGAUGGCCAGACACAUGGUUUGGCCUUUGGUGGUGGCAGGGGUCGAGGGCAUCCAUCGCAGCCAGGCGACAAAAGACUGGAUUGAGGCGAGUCUGGGAGAUCUUAGCAGGCUGCUAGGGACGAGCUGUCCGUUGAAGGCGUCCGCAGUGUUGAAGAGGUACUGGAAGAGCGGGGUAGCGGGAUGGGAUAGCUGCUUCGACCGGGCAUACGCAUUUAUCAUCUAG